ACAGAGCUUAGGGACAGAGCAGAAUACCUUCUUACUGCACAAAAAGACCUUGGGUUUAAAAAGCGCCUCUCGACAAUUGAUGAAUUAAACGAUAUCCUGUGUGGUUUUGAAGAAGUAACAACGUUGUUAUAUAGAAAUAGUUAUGUGACUAUCUCUUUAAUGUACCCGGCAAUUUCAGUAUUGGUUAAGACUUUAAAAUCAUCACUUCAACAAUCUUAUAUUGAAACAGAUUUUAUUGAAAUUAAAGAAAUUGACUCGACAUCAGAAAUUAUUCAUAAAAAAAUUGACAUCUCAGUCCUGAUAAUUACAAUUGAAAUGCUUGAGAAAGUUAAAAAAAUUUUCUAUGAUAGUAUGUACAAAUAUUGGCAAUCUGUUACAGAUGUUGGCAUGCUAGCAUGCUUACUUGACCCACGAUUUAAAAAGCUACGUUUUGCAAAUCCAAAUGUAAUUCAAAAAACUAAUGAUCAUUUAAAAAAACUAUAUGAAUCAGAAUGUGAGGUUUAUAUGGCUUCUAACCAUUCGACACUCUUGUCUAAUAUUCAGAAUGAAGAUUUAGAUACCAGCAUGGUUCCAAGAAAACAAAAGUCAAUUCUUUCAGAAUUAUAUGCUGACAAUAAUAAUACAAUUAAUGAAAUUGAUAAAUAUUUGUUGUUAGAAGAGGAAAGAAGACGAACAGAUCCUUUUCAAUAG